AUGGAUAUGAAUCAAUCAAUGAAUUUCAUAUCUUCUCCCAACUCUAACUCCAACCCACAAGUCCCUAACUUUAUGAUGCCAAGGAGUUCUUUCAUGUUGCCUGAUUACAAUAAUUACCAGCAAAACAUGAGUACCAAACAGAUCGCUGAAGAAAUUAGGCGGUCCCAUCUCAAUCAACUUCAGAAGCAAAAUUUAGAGCUGUUCUGGAGUCAGCAAUUGCUCGAGAUGCAAAACACAACAGUUGGGAAGAGCCAGCAUCAACUGCCUCUUGCGAGGGUCAAGAGGAUUAUGAAAUCUGAAGGAGAUGUGAAGAUGAUCAGCGCAGAUACUCCAAUCCUGUUCUCAAAGGCCUGUGAGCUCUUCAUAAUGGAGCUCACACUCCGCUCAUGGAUGCAAACUGAAGAAUGCAAGAGGCGGACUCUGCAGCGCUGCGACAUUGCCCGGGCGAUUCGGAACGAUGAACUCCUUGAUUUUUUGCAGGAAGUUGUUCCCUUGAGUCAUGAUUGCCAGAAGGAAGAUGAAUCUGGAGGAAAAACUCCUGAAGGGGGUGAAAAUACUUCUACUGCUGAAGCACUGAAUCUUCCCAUGAUGAAUAAUUUGAGCGAUGACAUGAUUUCAAUGAUUCAACAAGUUCCUCAGCAGUUCAUGCUCGACCCAUCAAUCAUGUCGUCUUCUGAAUUCCAGUUCCUUUUUCCUUCUAAGAUUCCUCUUCGGCAAUUGGCAUCGGAAAUGGUCAAUCAUGUUUUAGUUGAAAAUAAAAAAUAA